AUGGAAGUAGAAGCAGAGGUAAUUGCUAAGCGUGAGAGACGUCAAGAGUUAAGAAAUGCAAAUUUAGCCGCGUGGAAGCAAGGAAAGCCUGACCCUUCAUUAUUUAAAGGUCUCGAUUCCAAUAUCAAAAAGAACACAGGGUUUAUUAAGAAAUGCAAAUCUCAAUUAUCGGCAGAAUAUCAGCAGCAAUUGUUAAAGGAUAUUAAAACUUUAACAUUGGAAAAGUAUAUUUCCGAAGUCGUUGUCGCAGUGGUAGAAGGGGCACAAAAAUGCAAGGCUACCGCGGAUGUUUGGGCUGCCGUUGAGGUUAUUUCCGCAUUGCACCAACGGUUCCCAGAUACGUUCACUCCUUUUCUGACCGCUACACUGACUCGUUCUCUUGCUCCUCCGAAUAAACAACAACUUGCGAUUCUUACUGCUGAACAGCGCGAAAAGGAAGAAGGAGCGCGAAUUAUGAAACAACGUAUUCUUCUUAGGAUCGCGGGCGAACUGUGGUUGUUGGGUGUGCUUAGAAAUGUAGAAGAGAUUAAUGGUGGAGGUGCAGGGAACAUGAAUGGUGUCGGCUUCACCAACAAUUCGGCUAAAGAGUCGAAAGAAUCUAAAGAGACAAAAUCCUCUGUGGAAGGGUUCAUGUACACAGUGUUGAAAGACUUGCUUUCGCAUGACAGCAAGCAUACCAACCUUCCGCUUGCUGUAUCCUUUAUCAAAUAUUUUGGACCGGAAUUGAUCGGCACAAUAAAAAAAAAAAGGGAGAACCUCAGAACAAUUGAAAACGAGGAUGGUGAAAACAACUCCACUCCGCAUGUUGCUAAUGGAAACCAAGAUGCUAGUCCCGAAAACGAACAGGAAGUUUCGGAUUGUGAAUUAGUUGUUCCAGCCUCUCAACGAAACCUCUUUAAAAAUUUGUUAAUCGACUACUUUAAAGGAGUUGAAAAGCAUUUGAUAAAGGAUCAUCAGAAAAUCAAGAGUUUAGAUCACAAUAACCAUGAAUACUAUAUAACAAAAGGAGAAGUUCCAGAAGAAACAAAGCAGAACUAUGAAAAAGUAGUGAAGGCAUUCGAAAAAUUCUUACAAAAUGCACAAACAUUGGCGGAUUAUUUAGAAGUAGAUAUGCCUGAUUUGCCUGAAGAUGAAAGAACCACAAAGAUUGGGGUUAACAUAAUUCGAAGCGGAUCUUCUGUUAAUGAGAAAGAGGAUAAUUUUAACAACAGUGUUUGGGAAGAUGAGGACAUGCGAAGUUUUUAUGAAACUCUUAUUGAUUUGAAAACUCAUGUACCCGGUGUUCUUCUUGAAUCGAAACCUGGUAAAAAAGAUGAAGCUGAGGCAGAAAAGGACGAAUUAUAUGUUAAUGGAAAUGAAAAAGAUGAUAAAGAAGAGGACGAGAAAUUGGGUGAAGACAAUCAAAUUGACGAUGCCAAGACAAAAAACACUCAAGAAGCUAAUACUGAAACUGCUGAGAAGAUAAGUGAAGAAGGGGAAAUCAAUGGAGAUUCUCAUUCAGACAAAGAUGACGUGGGAAAAGAUGGGGAAAAAUCUGGUGAUCAAGUCGGCAUUGAAGCUCCGACUACAAAAAGAGAUAAAGAUGAAGCAUCUAAUAAGAGCGGUACAUCGGCCCAACUAGACUCACUCCUAUCGCGCCUUCCAAACAUGAUCAAUCGGGACCUCAUAGACCAGGCUGCAAUUGACUUUUGCUAUUUGAAUUCUAAAAUGUCGAGGAGGAAGUUGUUUAAUGUCUUAGUGGCAGUUCCUCGUGCAAGACUAGACCUCCUUCCAUAUUACUCUCGUUUGAUCGCAACACUCAACCCUCAUUACCCAGACAUUUCUACUGCUGUUUUAAAAGCUUUGGAAGAUGAAUUUAAGUCUCUGCAAAAGAAAAAGACCCUAGAGCUGCAAGAGAAAAUUAAGGUAUUACUUGACGAUUUUGCAGGUCAGAACAUAGACAUUGCAUGCAAUUUAUUGGAAACAUGCGGAAGAUUCUUGUUCAAAAGCCCUGAAACAUCUAUCAGGAUGGGUAAUAUGUUGGAAAUAUUGAUGAGAAAAAAAAGCGUUCAGCAUUUAGAUAAUCGUCAAUUAUUAAUGGUGGAGAAUGCAUACUAUCAGUGCAAUCCCCCUGAUCGAACAGCAAUGGUCAAGAAAGAACGAUCUAUCAUGGAGCAAUUUAUCCGCAAGUUAAUAUAUUCGGAUCUUAAUAAAAAGACGGUUGAGAAAGUUUUGAAAUUAUUGCGAAAAUUGAACUGGGAUGAUAAAGAAGUAUUCAAGGUUCUUGAAAAAUGCUUUUCCAAAGUAUUUAAGAUAAAAUACAGCAAUAUUCACUUGAUGGCUAUCCUUGCAUCUGGAUUACAUCGUUAUCAUUCUGAUUUUGGAGUUUCGUUAGUCGAUAGAGUAAUCGAAGAUAUAAGGAUCGGAUUAGAGCAAAACAUAUUCAAACACAAUCAACGUCGUAUCGCGACUGUGAAGUACCUUGGAGAACUUUACAAUUAUCGAAUGGUCGAUUCUCCAGUCAUAUUUGACACCCUUUAUUCUAUAGUCACUCUUGGGCAUGAAUUUGGUCGACCAUCCCCCGUCCGUGUGAACCCAUUGGAUGCACCAAGUGACUUUUUCCGCAUUCGACUGUGCUGCACUUUGCUUGACACAUGCGGUAUGUGUUUUGACCGAGGUAGUUCUAAGAAAAGAUUGGAUGACUUCUUGGUGUUCUUCCAGAUGUAUAUAUUAACAAAGCAGCACUUACCUAUGGAUGUUGAAUUUAUGAUCGCCGACCUAUUUGAGACGUUAAGACCAGAUAUGAUUUUAUACAAGACAUACGAAGAUGCUGCUGAGGAAGUGGACCAGAAACUCAUGCUAAAUCAAAAAGUGUUACAUAAUGCAGGUGGUGGUGCUAAGAGAGAGGAAGAAGGUUCUGAUGAUGAGCAGGUUGAUUCUGAGGAGAUUGACGAAGGCAACGAGGAGGACGAGAUUGUGGUGCAUACCAAUCGCCCAGACAAGGUAAAUUCUGUGGAUGACGAUGAAUUCGAGAGGGAAUUUAGCAAAAUGAUGACCGAGAGCAUGGAAUCACGCAAGUAUGAAAGAAAGCCGGCCAUGUUAGAUGUAGCAAUUCCGAUGCAUCUCAAAGGAGUUGAUAGAGCAACAGAUCAUUUGGAAGGUAGUGUAUCCUUCACUUUAUUAACUAAAAAAGGAAACAAACAGCAGAUGAAAACAAUGGAAGUUCCCGCUGAAAGUGCAUUGGCAGUAAACACUCGUACCAAACAAGAAGCAGAACGUGAAGAACAACAACAACUAAAGAAGUUAGUAUUAAAUUACGAAGAAAGAGAGGAACAAAAUCAGCGCAUUGCUCUCGAACAAUCUCUGAUUAACAAUGGAGUGAAAGUAUCCUAUCAGUCGGGCAAUCGUCGAGCGAAUCAAAGGGGAAGGAAGCUAAUUCAUCAAGGUGGAGGUCAUACAUAUGUUAAUGAAAG